AUGGCCCCAGGAAAGACAAAGCCCCGAUUACAGCAUCGGUCAGACGACCGGGCUAGCCUGAGACGGUCGAUGGUCGCGUGCAAUCGCUGUCGCAACAGAAAGACGCGAUGUGCAGGCACUCCUCCGUACCCCUGUGCAGCAUGCGAAGAUGUGGGUCAAGUAUGCGUGUACUCGGAAGCUGAAAAGCGGGUGUCGAUUCCAGAGAGCUACUUUCUCCAGCUUCAAUCUCAGGCUCGCACAUCGUCUCGUCGAGAUGACUCUGCAAACCAGACUCCUACCCAGUCCAGCCCCUACACCAAUGUGGAAGCGCCGCCGGAGCGCGAUGAUUGGUGGUACAAGGGGACAGAUCAUUUGUUUUUGAAUCGAUCCGGGGAACAUCAAUUCGUGGGAGCUUCAUCGGCCACCCAUCUCGCCAAACGUCUCAAUCCGACUUCGACUAAUUUGGCAUGGGAUGUGCGCCCCUUGUAUGAUGAUCCCGCAUCGUUACGUCUAUCAACAACACGGGCUCUCCCCCAGAUGCCUCCAUUUGAAUUCGCCAAGCGACUUUUCUGGGUGCAGUACACCUAUAUCGGAACAAUAUUCUCCUUAAUCCAUCCAGUCGACUUUGAGGAACGGCUGAAGGUUGUAUAUAACCAACCUCCUGACUUUUCAUCACGGGAGUCAUGCCUAGUUUACUGCCAGGUAUUACUGGUAGUAGCCUUUGGACUGAUGUAUUCAGUGAACCAAUGGUCGGGAGAUGACGGCCCGCCUGGUUUCAAAUAUUUUAAACAUGCCCUCCGAUUCCUGCCAGAUAUCCACGAGGAGGGCUCAAUAUUCUUCGUCGAAGUGCUAUGCUAUGUGGCAUACUACAUGCAGAAUCUCAAUCGGCGGGAUGCUGCAUUUCUAUAUAUUGGCCUCGCCCUUCGUAUGGCCAUUUCACUGGGUCUCCAUCAGGAGGUCUCGGACUCCUCGAUUGCCGAAGACGAUCGAAACCGCCGGCGGCGAGCAUGGUGGUCAGUGUAUAGUUUAGAUCGGUUACUUUCUGUCAAGUCAGGCAAUCCCAUCACAAUCCAUGACGAAGACAUCGGGAUUAAAUGGCCAAUACCGAUGGACAGGACGGCGGAUGUCCCAUGGCCUUCUGUAGUGCUUACCCAUUACACGCAGUUGUCCAGGAUCUUGGGUAGAAUUGGAGAAGAAAUCUACCGCAAAAAACCUCGAUCCGGUUCUAAUCUGUUUGCAUCUGUCCAGAGCAUCCAGAAUGAUCUGUCGGGAUGGCUUCACCGGAUUCCCGAUCGGCUACGGAUCGACUUCUCCAGGCUCAAUGAUGAAGUGAAUCGUGAAUCGGUCUCGAUCUUCUUACACUUCUAUUCUUGUGUCAACAUGACCGCAAGGCCUCUCGUGUUUUACGUAAUUCAGCGACGGCUCGAUGCGGAGGGUCAAUCGUCUGUGACCGGUGAUUGGAAAGACGGUCUCUCGCCUAAUACGGUGGCGGUUAUUGAAAGCUGCAUCACCGCAGCGCGCGCUACCACCCUCAUUAUGGAUGCUGCGGCUAAGCAUAAUUUAGUUGCUACAUAUGGCUAUCUCGACGGCGAAUACGUGUUUUCGGCAGCCUUGUUGCUCGUGAUGGUCAAUGCGGCCUUUCCAUACAACGAAACGAACGCUCGGAGCAUGGACGUUGCGCUGAAUCUACUGCGCAGUAUGGCAGACCGUGGCAAUGCAUAUCUGGCUUCCCGUCACUCACUUCUGAUCGAAUUGCACUCGGCGAUCGGGCCCAAUCGCUCGCGAACCGACGACUUGGUUGCGAAUACCCCUAUCACGCCCAGUAGCAUACAGCAAACGAGCCCUGCCACAACUGUGGCUCCAGAACAAGCAUCGGCGGUCUCCGCGGAGUGGCCCUUGCAGCAAGAUCUACCGUCUAUGCGCGAUAUAUCAUUCAAUUUCGACAUCAACGAUGAUCCGGGGUUGUGGGAGGAGGUGUUGGAUCAGAUUGAUAUUGACAUGGACACUGAUUGGAUUGAGAAUACGUUGAAGAAAUAA